AUGAACCCCAUGAACCCCAUUAAACCUGCCCUGCCCUCUGCGCCACACAGUGAUGGUCCCUUCGCUUAUGAGGCGGUGCCUUGGCAGCAGAGCGCCCCCCAGCCCGCAGGAUCGCUGUCCGUGGUCACAACCGUGUGGGGAGUGGGCAACGCGGCCCAGAGCCAGGUUCUGGGGAGCCCCAUGGGUCCGGCUGGGAGCCCCCCUGGCAGCUCCAUGAUGCCGGGCAUGGCCGGCGGCAGCUCGGCCCUGAGCUCCCCGCAGUGCCUGGGACAGCAGGCGUUCGGGGAGGGCGGCGCCAGCAAGGGCUACGUGCAGCAGGCGGUGUACGGCCGCGGCAGCUACCCCGGGGGCCCCGGCUUCUCCACCGGGUACGCAGGGGGGCCUGGGGGCCUGGGCCUCCCCUCCCAUGCCACACGGCCCUCCACAGACUUCACUCAAGCAGCAGCAGCUGCCGCCAUGGCCGCUGCCGCUGCUACCGCCACCGCCACAGCCACGGCCACGGUGGCCGCCCUUCAGGAGAAGCAGAGCCAGGAGCUGAGCCAGUACGGAGCGAUGGGGGCCGGGCAGGCUUUCGGCAGCCAGUUCCUGCAGCACGGAGGGCCCCGGGGGCCCGGCGCUCCCGGCAGCCUGAACCCUGCCGGCGUGGGGGGGCUGAUAGGCCCCUCCGGCCUGAGCCCCAUGGGCAUGACCCCCACCCGAGCGGUGGGCAUGGCCCCCCUGUAUGCAGGGCAGCGCCCGCCCCAGCACGGGUACCCCGGGGCUCUGCAGGCCCAGCCGCUGCCCCGACAAGGAGUCAAGAGAGCCUACUCCAGCGAGGUAUACUCAGCGCAGCAGUACCUGGCGGGAGGCCAGUACUCACCCAGCACAACCCAGUAUGCCCCCGGGCAGCCCCCUGCCCCCUCUUCCUACCCUGGUCACAGGCUGCCCCUGCCCACCGCAGGCCCCCCGGGCCUGCACUACAAGCCCACAGAUCAGUUCAACGGGCAGAGCACCGGCUUCAGCGCAGGGAGCAUCAGCUACGGGCAGGCGGGCCUGAGUGGGCCCGCCCGUUCCGUCCCUGGCUACCCCAGCUCCCCACUGCCAGGGAGCCCCACGCCGCCCAUGACCCCCGGCAGCUGCGUCCCCUACAUGGCCACCAGCCAGGACGUGAAGUCCCCCUUCCUGCCUGACCUCAAGCCCAGCGUGAGCUCCCUGCACCCAUCCCCCCCUGGCAGCGGCCCGGGCGACGAGCUCCGGCUGACCUUCCCCGUGCGGGACGGCGUGGUCCUGGAGCCCUUCCGCCUGCAGCACAACCUGGCCGUGAGCAACCACGCCUUCCAGCUCCGCGACUCCGUCUACAAGACCCUGAUGCUGAGGCCUGACCUGGAGCUGCAGUUCAAGUGCUACCACCACGAGGACCGGCAGAUGAACACCAACUGGCCGGCCUCGGUGCAGGUCAGCGUCAACGCCACACCGCUGUCCAUCGAGCGCGGCGACAACAAGACCUCCCACAAGCCCCUGUACCUGAAGCACGUGUGCCAGCCUGGCCGCAACACCAUCCAGAUCACCGUCACAGCCUGCUGCUGCUCCCACCUGUUCGUGCUGCAGCUGGUGCACCGGCCGGCCGUCCGCUCGGUGCUGCAGGGCCUCCUCAAGAAGCGGCUGCUGCCUGCCGAGCACUGCAUCACCAAGAUAAAGCGGAACUUCAGCAGCGGCACCAUCCCCGGCACCCCCGGGCCCCACGGAGAGGACGGGGUGGAGCAGACGGCCAUCAAGGUGUCCCUCAAGUGCCCCAUCACCUUCCGCAGGAUCCAGCUCCCCGCCCGUGGCCACGACUGUCGCCACAUCCAGUGCUUCGACCUGGAGUCCUACCUGCAGCUCAACUGUGAGCGGGGGACCUGGCGGUGCCCCGUGUGCAACAAGACGGCCCUGCUGGAGGGCCUGGAGGUGGACCAGUACAUGCUGGGCGUCCUCAUCUACAUCCAGAACUCCGACUACGAGGAGAUCACCAUCGACCCCACGUGCAGCUGGAAGCCGGUGCCCGUGAAGCCGGACCUGCACAUCAAGGAGGAGCCGGACGGGCCGGCGCUGAAGCGCUGCCGCACCGUGAGCCCCGCCCACGCGCUGCUGCCCAGCGUGAUGGAGAUGAUCGCCGCCCUGGGCCCGGGGGCCGCCCCCCUCGCCCCCCUGCCGCCCCCCUCGGCCCCGGCUCCCGGCGACUACCCCAGCCAGGGCUCCAGCUUCCUGGGACCCGGGACCUUCCCCGACUCCUUCCCGUCCACCACACCCAGCACGCCGACCCUUCCCGAGUUCACGCCAGGGCCGCCCCCUGGCUCCUACCAGUCUGACAUUCCCAGCAGCCUCCUGACUCCAGAGAAGUCCACGCCCAGCCUCCCGGGCCAGAUGGCACCUGCAGCUCACCUGGAUCCCGCUCACAACCCUGGGCCGGCCGCUCUGCACACCCCCAACCUUGGAGGCCCCCCAGGCCCCCAGCUGCACCACCCCAACCCUCCCCCCGCGGCCCGGCAGCCCCUGGGCCCAGUGAGUGGGGCCCCCGCCGGCGAGCUGGCCUUCCACACUGCCACCGGCGUCAUGGGGCCCCCCAUGUCUGGGGCGGGGGAGGCCCCUGAACCAUCAGCCCUGGACCUGCUCCCAGAACUGACCAACCCUGACGAGCUGCUGUCCUACCUGGGCCCUCCCGACCUGCCCACCAACAGCAACGAGGACCUGCUCUCCCUGUUCGAGAACAACUGA